CUGAUGGUACCAGCGUCAAAAGGUAAGAAUAUAAAAGCUCAACCACCCUUGAGCAGAAUGAGCCGGGAAGAAUUGGAAGACAGCUUGUUUCGUCUUCGUGAAGAGCACAUGUUGGUGAAGGAGCUUUCUUGGAAGCAACAGGAUGAGAUCAAAAGGUUGAGGACGGCCUUGCUCCGGCUGACGAUGGCGGGCCGGGGCCCGAGGGCGGAUGUGGCGGAGGCAGAGCAGCCGGCAAGGCGGCGGCGGAAUGCGGGUUGGCUGCAGCCCCCCGCUAAGCACCAGCGCCCCCUGAUGCAUGGGCUGCAACUGCAGUUCCAGCGUGUCAGCCCCCCUGCUCCGCGACGCUUCCAGCCCCGGGGCCGCGUGGGACACAGACAGCUCCGCACCGCCCGUGCCCCAGCGCCCGAGAAACCCAAGAGGGGGCCUAGUGACAGGCUGAGCUACACAGCCCCUCCCACAUUCAAGGACCAUGUGACAAAUGGGAAGACCAGAGGUGAAAUAUCCAGUGAACUCAAUUUCUACUUCUUCUUUUUUGUGGUUAAUGUUCCUAAUUCUAAGAAUGUAAUUUCUUUCAGUAAAGUCAUAAUUAUGACUAAACUCAUUGGUCUGUGCAUGCCUAACAGUGCUCAUGUUAUGACCAGCAAUACUAUGCUAGUGGAAGAACCACCCAAGUCUCCUGAGAAAAUGUGGUCCAAAGAUGAAGAUUUUGAACAGAGAAGCUCUUUGGAGUGUGCUCAGAAGGCCAUGGAACUUCGAGCUUCCAUUAAGGAGAAUAUAGAGCUGAUUCGGCUUAAGAAGCUCUUACAUGAAAGGAAUACUUCAUUGGUAGCAACAAAAGCACAAUUAACAGAAGUUCAAGAGGCAUAUGAAACUCUGCUCCAGAAGAAUCAGGGAAUCCUGAGUGCAGCCCAUGAUGCCCUCCUUGGGCAAGUGAAUGAGCUCAAGGCAGAACUGAAGGAGCAGAGCAAGAAGGCUGUGAGCUUGAAGAGCCAACUGGAAGAUGUGUCCAUCCUGCAGAUGACACUGAAGGAGUUUCAGGAGAGAGUUGAAGAUUUGGAAAAAGAACGAAACUUGCUGAAUGACAAUUAUGAAAAACUCUUAGAAAACAUGCUGGACAGCAGUAAUCAGCCUCACUGGAGCACUGAGCUCGUAGGAGAACAGCUACAGCAGAGAGUCUCUCAGUUGCAGGACCAGCUGGACACUGAGCUGGAGGAGAAGAGGAAAGUCUUACUUCAGCUGUCCAGAGAGAAAGCUCAAAACAAGGAUCUGCAGCUUAAAGUCACCAGUCUGCUUCAGAAGCAUAAGCAGGAAGUAGAGAUCCUCCAAAAUCAAGAGAUAAUUUCCCAGUCUCUUGACAGGCAAUCUGAACCAGCCACUCACCCAGCUCUAUUCCAGGAGACCACUCCGACAGAGCCCUGUGAACCAAAAAACCAAGAAGAAAAGAAACUGUCCCAGAUGCUAAGUGAGUUGCAAGUGUCGCAAGCGGAGACCACGCUGGAACUAGAAAAGACCAGAGACAUGCUCCUUCUGCAGCGCAAAAUCAACGUGUGCUAUCAGGAGGAACUGGAGGCGAUGAUGACAAAAGCCGAUAAUGAAAGUAAAGAUCACAAAGAAAAACUGGAGCGGUUGAAUCAACUGCUAGACCUCAAGAACAAUCGUAUCAAUCAGCUGGAAGGUAUUUUGAGAAGCCAAGGCCUUCCGCUAUCCGAACAGCUCAAAGAUGUGGCUUAUGGCACCCGACAGUUGUCCUUAUGUCUGGAAACCCUGCCAGCUCAUGGAGAUGAGGGGAAAGUGGACAUUUCUCUGCUGCAUCAGAGUGAAAAUCUUUUUGAACUACACAUCCACCAGGCCUUCCUGACAUCUGCUGCCCUGGCUCAGGCUGGAGACACUCAACCUACCACUUUCUGCACCUAUUCCUUCUAUGAUUUUGAAACCCACUGUACCCCACUCGCUGUGGGGCCACAGCCCCUCUAUGACUUCACCUCCCAGUAUGUGGUGGAAAUAGAUUCCCUUUUUUUGAACUACCUUCACGGGGCUUCAGCCCAGCUUGAUCUACACCAGGCUGUAGCCAGUGAGCACCACACCCUUGCAGCUGGAUGGAUUUGCUUUGAGAGGGUGCUGGAGACUGUGGAGAAAGUCCGUGGCUCUACCACACUUACUGGAGCUGGUGGAGAAGACUUCGGGGUGCUAGAAUACUGGAUGAGGCUGCGCUUCCCCAUAGGAUCCAGCCUACAAGCAGGCAAUAAGCGAAAGAAAGCUCAGGCCUACCUGUCAGCCAGUGUGCUUGGAGCCUGGGAGGCGCGGGAGGAUAAGUCCAGAUCGGAUACUUGGAAGCAUCAGAAUGAGCUGCGGGUGGAAAUCAUCAGAUGCUACGGCCUCCAGAGUCGACGGCUGGGAACCCAGCCCAGUCCAUACGUCAUGUACCGCUUCUUCACCUUCUCUGACCACGACACUGCCAUCAUUCCAGCCAGUAACAAUCCCUGCUUUAGAGACCAGGCUCGAUUUCCAGUGCUUGUGACCUCUGACCUGGAUAAAUAUCUGAGGCGGGAGGCCCUGUCUGUGUACGUUUUUGAUGAUGAAGACUCAGAGGCUGGCUCAUACCUUGGCCGAGUCCAAGUGCCCUUGCUUCCCCUUGCACAAAACAAAUCCAUUAAAGGUGAUUUUAACCUCACUGACCCUGCGGGGAACCCCAAUGGAUUUGUUGAGGCAAAACUGGAUUGGAAGUCUUUCUACCUACCCCCAGAGAGCUUCCUGAAACCAGAAGCUCAGCCUGAGGAGAAGGACACCAAGGACAGUUUAGAGAUUUCAUCUGAAGAGGAAAAGGCUUCCUUUUCUCCCCAGGACCAGAUGGCAUUUGCUGAGAUUCCCAUUGAAGCUGGCCAGUAUCAAGCUAAGCGAAAACCUCCACAGGUAGGAGAAAGAAAGGAAAGGGAACACCAGGUUGCAAGCUACUCGAGAAGAAAACAUGGCAAAAGAACAGGCAUCCAAGGGAAGAACAGAAUGGAAUAUCUUAGUCGUAACAUCUUAACCGGAAAUACACUACAACAGGUGAGCUACACUGAAUGGAAGUUCUCAGGGCUUAAGAGCUUCAGCGAUGACAGUUUAAAAAAUCAGCAAACGGAAGAGGAAAUGACAUCAUCGCACUCAGCAGUGAUGCAGAAAGAAGCCCUAAAUCCUGUAAAUGAUAAAGAAUCCUGUGAACAGGCUUCUGAAGUCAGUGAAGCCCAAACUACAGAUAGUGAUGACGUAGUGACAGCGGCGUGUCUGAAAUGUCCUAAGGCGGGUUCAGAGAAGAUGUGCAUUGAAAUUGUCUCCCUGGCCUUCUACCCAGAGGCUGAAGUGAUGUGUGAUGAGAAUGUCAAGCAGGUGUAUGUAGAGUACAAGUUCUAUGAUGUACCUUUGUCAGAGACGGAGACCCCAGUGUCCCUGAGGAAACCAAGGGCGGGAGAAGAGAUCCACUUCCACUUCAGCAAAGUGAUAGACCUGGACCCACUGGAACAAAAAGGCCGAAGGCAGUUUCUGUUUGCCAUGCUGAACAGACAAGAUCCUGAGCAAGGACGUUUAAAGUUUACAGUGGUAAGUGAUCCUAUGGACGACGAAAAUAAAGAAUGUCAAGAAGUAGGAUACGCAUUUCUGGAACUGUGGCAGCUCAUGGAAUCGGGAGGAGAUGGUGUAGAGCAAGAGCUAGACAUUGUCAGCCCUGAAGAUCAGGCCACCCAAAUAGGAAGGCUGAAGGUGUCCCUUCAAGCUGCUGCCGCCCUCCAUGCUGUUUACAAGGAGAUGACAGAAGAUACGUUUUCUUGAUGGAGCAAGUAGUAUUCCAUUCUAAACUCUCGGAGGGAACCAUAGUAAAAAGUCUCUUAUAAAAAGUAACUUGCUAUACCAUGAAUUUGGU